CUCUGUGUGACAUGCAUCCAAUGAGAGCGCUCUUCCUCAUCCCCAGAAAUCCUGCACCUAGACUCAAGUCCAAGAAGUGGUCGAAGAAGUUCCAGUCGUUCAUCGAGAGCUGCCUGGUGAAGAGUCACAGUCAGCGGCCGAGCACUGAGCAGCUCCUCAAGCACCCGUUCAUCCGGGACCUUCCCAACGAGCGGCAGGUCCGCAUCCAGCUGAAGGACCACAUCGACCGCACCAAGAAGAGGAGGGGGGAGAGGGACGAGACAGAGUAUGAGUACAGUGGCAGUGAGGAAGAGGAUGAAGAAAGAGACGCCGGAGAGCCCAGCUCCAUCAUCAACAUUCCUGGGGAGUCCACUCUGAGGCGGGACUUCCUGCGUCUCCAGCUGGCCAACAAGGAGCGGUCGGAGCUGAUCCGGCGCCAGCAGCUGGAGCAGCAGCAGAACGAGGAGCACAAGCGCCAACUACUGGCCGAGAGGCAGAAACGUAUCGAGGAGCAGAAGGAGCAGAGGCGACGGCUGGAGGAGCAACAGCGUCGCGAGCGAGAGCUGAGGAAGCAGCAGGAGCGAGAGCAGCGGAGGAGGUACGAGGAGAUGGAGCAGCUCCGUCGAGAGGAGGAGAGGAGGCACGCCGAGAGAGAGCAGGAGUACAAGCGGAAGCAGAUCGAGGAGCAGCGGCAGGCCGAGCGGCUGCAGAGGCAGCUGCAGCAGGAGCGAGCGUAUCUGGUGUCGCUGCAGCAGCAACAACAGCAGGAGCCGCUGCGACCGCCGCAGGACAAGAAGCAGCUGUACCACUACAAGGAUCAGGCGCCCGGCACCAACGACAAGCCCGCCUGGGCCAAAGAGGUGAUGCGUCGCGCUCAGAGCAACUCGCCUCGCAUCCCUCCCAAGAAGUACCACUCCUUCAGGGAGACGCGACCCGCCAACCUCGACAACCUCCUCUUACUGCCCGGUUACAAACCCCGCCGCCGCCGCCCCCCAUCCUACCCCGCCCACAUCAGCCCCUCCAGGGAUCACCAGCAUGUGCCUCGCAUCCGUGUCACCUGUGUCCCCAGCCGCAGCGCAGACGCCUCUCAGCCCGUGAUGCGCCAGCAGAGCCCCGACUCCAGGGGCCGGAGCCCAGGCCGCAGGCACAAAAUCUCCAACCGGAUCUCGGACCCGUCGCUGCCGCCGCGCUCCGAGUCGUUCAGCAGCGGAGGCAUCCAGCAGGCCCGGACCCCCCCCAUGCACCGCUCCGUCGAACCCCAGAUGGCCCACCUGGUGCAGGUGAAGAGUCACGGCCUCUCAGGCUCCCAGUCUCUGUAUGACCCCCACGGUGUGUCCUCCUCCUCGGCGUCGCCCUCCCCCUCCCGGCCUCCCAUGCCCCGGCAGAACUCCGACCCCACCUCCGACACCCCACCUCCCCCGCCCCUGUCCCGCCUGGCGCCCCCCCUCGACAAGCUGGACCGCAGCUCGUGGCUGCGGCAGGACGACGACAUGCCCCCCAAGGUUCCUCAGAGGACGACCUCCAUCUCUCCUGCGUUAGUCAGGAGGAACUCUCCAGGAAACGGACCUGGCCUCGGUCCUCGGGCUGGAGCUCACCUCAUCCGGGCCAGCAACCCCGACCUGCGGAGGAUCGACGUUUCCAUGGAGACGCCCCUAAAGAGGACGAGCAGCGGCAGCUCCUCCAGCUCCAGCACCCCGAGUUCCCAGGGAGGCUCCAACGAGCGAGGUAAUUCUUCCAAUAAGACUGAAGGCUCCACACUUUCCUCCCAUGACGCCAAAGACGACAGCAGAGAGGUGACGAGACCCAGCAGGCCCGCAAGUUAUAAGAAAGCUGUAGACGAGGAGGAGUUGGACCUGACGGCUCUGGCCAAGGAGCUGAGAGAGCUGCGACAGGGGGAGGAGACCAGCCGCCCGCCCAUCAAAGUGACGGACUACUCGUCGUCCAGCGAGGAGUCUCACAGCAGCGAGGACGAGGAGGGAGAGGGCGGGGCCAAUGAUGGGUCGGUGGCUGUCAGCGACAUCCCUCGCAUCAUGCCGGCAGCGAGUCAAGGUACAAACGAGUCCUUCGCCAUGUUGGGGGGUCAUAACGACAGCCACGACGACUCGUACAGGAACAGCUCCCAGGACGGCACCCUGAUGAUGCGUGAGGUAAGCCACCUCCCUGUUUAGACCUUUGACCCCGGGGUUUGACCUUG